CUGCGAUGUCUCACUUCGCUAUCGAAAUCGGGAAAAUAAAAUUCUAUCGCCUUGCAGUGAAAUGCGUUGAAAUUAAAUUAAAAAAAGAAUAACAAAAGAAAAUCAAAAUCAAAAUAUAAACAAAAAUUAUUGCAAUUUCUGACACAAGAAAAACUAAAUUAAAAAAAAGAAAAACAAUAAUGUCCGAUCUAACCGACAUUUACACUGAUUUUGUCGAAAUUAAAAAAGAACGAAAACCCAAACGCGAACCAAAUAAACUUGUCGUAAUCAACGAGGAGGACCUCAUCCGUCAAGUCGAAAUCCGACCCAUUCUCUAUGACAAGUCGUUAAAAGGAUAUCGAAAGUCAGCUUUGCGCCAUCAGUAUUGGAAGGAAAUUGCAAAUUCAAUUGGAUCCAGUGUUGAAGAGUGUAGAAAACGUUGGCGUUCACUUCGGGAUGCAUUUUCAAAACACUACAAAUUAAUGGGAAGAAUGGAACCAGUAACCUAUAAACGCAAGAAAUGGAUAUUUUUUGAUCAGAUGAGUUUUAUUGCUCAAUAUUUGGAUAACUCCAACUUGGAGAUUGAGGAAACUGUAUUGGAAGAUUUUCAAGAUAACUCUCACGAUGACAUUUUAAUACACGAUUCCGAUUCCGGAGCGAAUAUAAACGUGAACGACGUUAAUGACCUAACACACGCUUCUUUUAAGACUGAUAAUAAUUCAAUUAGUAACAGCCUCAUUGAAGACGAACCAAACUCAACCAAUCAUCAUCAUCACCACCAUCAACAACAACAACAACUUCACCAUCAACAACGCCAACAGCAUCAACAUCAAAACGACUCCACAAUCGAUCUUGUUGAUGGAAAUCAAUUUAUAACUCGAAUAUUUCCGAGUCCCACAACAACAACACAAUAUCUGACACUGGACGAUCACGAUACCGAAGUUGUGCAUCAGCAUCAGGAAAGUAAAAAAGAAAUACAGCUACAAACAGCCAAAAGCAAUAAUGCCCUCACUGCUGAAGAGUACGCCACACUUAUGAAUAUCGAUGGUGAUGAUAAAUUUCUGCUAAGCUGCUCGCCAAUUUUGAAACGUCUCUCGAGGCAUAAAAACGCUUUGGCACGUUUGAAAAUUCAACAGAUUCUUUAUAAUAUUGAAUUUGGUGGGGAAGUUCUGCAACCCUAGUACAAUUAUCUUUAUUUUGUCUAUAAUUUGUUAUUAGUGUAAUAUAUUGUAAAUUUUUAUUUAAAUGCAAGGAAAAAUCCACCUCA